GCUGCCGCUGCUGUUACAUAAGAGGCAGACACAGUCGCUCCAGCUGCUCCAGCUCUAUCCCUUUAAAUGAGAAGACGCUGCGGCGCUUUGCGUGUGCGCGUGUGGAGGAGAAAUUACCAAGCAGCGAGGGCCACUGUGUUGUGGAGGAGGACCAGCGGCCGAAAACACGGCACAGCCGCGCGUUUGCUCGAGUUCGAGCCGUUUUCCAGCGGAGCCGGUGACUCGGUUCCCCGGUGCGGUCGAUUGAUUGGGAUUCUGGACCUCGGCGUUCCGCCUGUAUCUAUGGGCUCAUAGGCGGACCUCUCACGCCCCGACAGAACGCAACGCGCAGGGCGGCCGCACAAUUAUUAUUUAUUUCGCCAUUUCGGUACCGCAGCGUUGAGAGAAACGUGAUCGCGGGGCAGCGUCGACCACAGCGCGCGGAUCAUGGAUUAAUACCCGAGUGAAUUUUCAUCUAAGAGGUUCCCGAUGUUGAACAUGUCCAGCCCCAGUGAGCUGAAGUCUCCUUGUGUGACUCGCAACGGUAUGGUGAAGCUGCCGUCCAGCCAGCCCAAUGGUUUGGGCAGCGCCAGCAUCACCAAAGGGACGCCCGCUGCCAAGAACCGCCUCUGCCAGUCGUCCUCGGUGCCCUCCAUCCUUCCUCCUCCGUCCUCGCUCCCCUACCAUCACCACCACAACCACCACCACCACCUGGACGGCCCCGGCAUGCCCCACUCUGCAGCUUCCCUCCUGGGUUCUGACCUGGAGUCCGGUAAACCCCUAGUAGGCCUGAAGCCAAGCCUUCGCCAGCUCCCCCCCCUCACUCUGCCCAAACCCAUUCUCCUGGAGCGUCAGCUCGUCCUCGACGAGAAGCUGCUUAAUCGACUGCUCUGGUACUUCACCACAGCAGAAAAGUGUGUGCUGGCGCAGGUAUGCAAAACGUGGCGUAAGGUGCUGUACCAGCCCAAGUUCUGGGAGGGCGUGACGCCCAUCCUACACGCCAAGGAGCUGUACGCGAUGCUGCCCAACGGGGAGAAGGAGUUUGUGAGUCUGCAGGCCUUCGCUCUGCGCGGCUUCCAGUCGUUCUGUUUAGUGGGGGUGUCAGACUUGGACAUUUGUGAGUUCAUCGACAACUACCCACUGUCGAAGAAGGGAGUGCGUUCCGUCAGCCUCAAGAGGUCCACCAUCACAGACGCCGGUCUGGAGGUCAUGUUGGAGCAAAUGCAAGGCCUGAUGCACCUGGAGCUGUCAGGCUGCAACGACUUCACGGAGGCCGGCCUGUGGUCCAGCCUGAACGCUCGGCUAACCUCCCUUAGCGUCAGCGACUGCAUCAACGUGGCGGAUGACGCGAUAGCUGCGAUCUCACAGCUCCUGCCUAAUCUAUCAGAGUUGAGCCUGCAGGCCUACCAUGUCACUGACACGGCCAUGGCCUACUUCACAGCCAAACAGGGCUACACCACUCACACUCUGCGGCUCCAUUCCUGCUGGGAGAUCACCAAUCACGGUGUGGUCAACAUGGUGCACAGCCUGCCCAACCUGACUGCCCUCAGCCUCUCUGGCUGCUCUAAGAUCACUGACGAUGGCGUGGAGCUGGUUGCCGAAAACCUGCGCAAGCUGCGGAGCCUGGACCUGUCCUGGUGCCCUCGGAUCACUGACAUGGCCCUGGAGUACAUCGCCUGUGACCUGCACAAGCUGGAAGAACUUGUGCUGGACAGGUGUGUGCGGAUUACAGACACCGGUCUGGGCUACUUGUCCACCAUGUCAUCGUUAAGAGGCUUGUAUCUGCGCUGGUGCUGUCAGGUGCAGGACUUUGGAUUGCAGCAUUUGUUUAGUAUGAGGAGUCUUCGUCUACUGUCUCUUGCAGGCUGCCCCCUGCUGACCACUACUGGUCUGUCAGGCCUAAUUCAGCUGCAGGAGCUGGAAGAACUGGAGCUGACCAACUGCCCCGGAGCCACCGCUGAGCUCUUCAAGUACUACUCCCAGCACCUGCCCCACUGCAUGGUCAUUGAGUAGGGGUCGCAGGCCCGUCCUGUCAACACAGCGACCGCCACACUUCAAUCUUCUGCCUUCUCACUCAUCCUCAGUCAUUUUCCCAAAUGCUAACCAGGAGGCUGAACUGCUUAUUCUGCACCACACUGACCCACUUCACCCGUCCCACCCCUCCCUAACCUCCACCCCCCACUGAUUGUACUGAUCCAGGCAGGCGGACACAGAGGCAGCAUGUUGGGUGACCCCGGGUUGAUGGGAUAGUGCUUGAGCUUCACUUAAGGAGAUGCGGGAGCGACGAGCUUGGUGCGACGUCUUGUCUGACAGCGGGUUUUCAGAAUGAACGAAAGGUCGAGGGCUUCACUGAAGAAGCAGUUGGUUUAUGUUGUUUUAGAGGAUCCUGGACAAGGCGACAUGCGCAGCGCAGAGAAGAUAUCAGGAGGGAGCUGGAGACUCGCGUCUGAGCGAAUACGACGGAACUCUCACAUGUGCUCACACACUGUAAAAUACACUCACGCAUACUGUUUAUGAUAAGUGGAACAAAUGUUAGCCCUCAACACCAUGAGCGCUGACAGUUUUAUUCCCAUCACUCUGUAAAUAACGGCUGUUUCCCCUCCUCCAAGAAGGUGUCAAAGGUUCCGAGAGAGAUGGGACACGGCUCUGUUCUCUUCCUUUCUGUGUGUGUGACAUAGACUCACGGGUUUCCGUCUUUUAGGGACGCCAACACCUCUUCUCCAUUUCUGUGUCUUAUCAGAAAUCAAAAACAAUCAAACAAAAAAAAGAAGAAGGAAUUCUGAGAAACAACUGUUUACAUUGUUUUGUGUUGGGUUGCACGCUUGGUUGCGUCAGUUCUUCUCUGCUCUCUUCAUUUUUUUUUUUGUUGUACAAACAGGAUUUGAUUUACAGCUCAGAAGAGAAACUUGGUGUCAACCGUGAAAGUGGCGCUUUUUGAGUGGGAAACGAGCCAGAGGAAAGGAGACACGUGCAUGAUGCGUUUGAAUUAUAUGCUGGAGGGUCAUUUUGGUUUUAUGCUGGUGAUAAAAUGCUUUUCAGAGUCGCGAUGAAUGUGGGAUCUGAAAUUGAAAGGUUUUAAAUUCCCUGGCUAAGGUUCUCACGGCUCCACUACAGGGAAGGCUCAGAACGAAGAGCUCGGAACAAAGAGCUCAGAACUAAAAGCUCUGGUAAUGUGAAAGCUUUCAACAAUGAUUUAACUUUUCUUUACUACAAACCCAGAGUCAGAUAAACCUCCUUUUUAGUUUUGAUAAAGAAAUGAAUUAAAUUAUUUGACGGUAGUGGAAUUCUAUUACGGUUGCUUUUAGUUCUGUUCUUUGUCCAGUUGUAUUGAAACACGAGAAGCGAGCAAUUAGAAAUAUUAAACCGUCAGGAAGGAAAAUGAUGAAGGUUCUCAGUCAACCCAGCACGUUAGUCCAAAGGUGCUUCUUAGUGGUAAACCGAGGUUUUUGCUGAUAUUCCACCUUCCGUUCUUCAGGUCUGUCCACACAGUAGUAACUGAAGAACACGAUGAGAGGUCAUUAAAACCACAGUUAGUAUUUUGGAACAGGUUGUGUCUUAGGUUUCCAUCCAGCUCGGACCAGGCUCCUCUUCGCAUACACUAUGCCUUCGUACUGCUGAACUCAUACGAACCAGUGCCUGUAUUUCGGACUCUGGGUAGAAAGAAUUUAUCCAUUAAUGUAUAUUAAUGCCACAGACGAAACACCUUUAGAGCCAGUGGUGAAGUCCGUCCCCCCCAUCGGAUUUUUAAUGGAAACGGAUGCUGCUGCGCUGCUGUGCUGCUCUUUGCCUCUCGCGUGACCCGAGACGCGCAAACUGCCAACUUCGUGGAUGGAUGUCGGCGUCAGCCAGUAUUACGUUGUGCCAAAUGCCUCCGCAGCAGCACAGGACAUGUGUCUGGUUUAACUGAUCAUUGACUGCACUGAAAUGGGCUGAGUGGCAGACGAUGCAUGGUCCCAGCUGGUCUGUAUUUCUGUUUCAGGAAGGAUUGUUUCAGGAGUUACUGUGCAUCUAUUCAUUGUACAUAAGUAUAUUUAUUUAUUUAUUUAUUUAUUUAAAUUAAGUCUUUAUUUAUUUAUGUGAUUUAUUUAUCAACGAGACAUUUUCAAUGACUUUGAGUUUGAUGUGAUUUGCUGAAAAAGGGUUUGUAUUAAUUGCUGAUUUAUUAAAAUGAUCAUUCUUUUUUUAAACCAAGACCCAUAUGUGAAAUAAUAAACUAAUUACACAUUAAACAUUCACUCUUUGAGACACCGCUGACUGUCGUUAGCACUGAUUUGAAGUCUUCAUAGUGUGCAAGAGAGUAUUUCUUCUGUACAGAUGUGUAUUAACUUUGUAUCACUGUUUGGUUCAUUACUAAGGACGGAGGCAGUGACAGGUUUUAUUUACUGUCAUUAUUCUGAACAUGGCAGCAAAAUAGAGACGUAACACCUGUGUGAGAGGUUGAGGUCUAUCAUGCAAUGUUUACACUGUCUGUGACAAAUGGGGACAUCUGUCAUGUGAUGAAGCAGGAGGUGAAGAUUCUUUAAAAGCCUGUUCCUAGUAAAUGUCUACACAUUAGUUAUCAACUGUAUUUUUCUACUCAAAUAAAAGACCAGAUCAUAUAUGAGCAACAUUUACUGCAGGUGCCGACACCCUGCAUCCCAGAAUUCAGCCAUAUCACAGAAGCAUCAUUAAAUUGGCUGCUGGUGAUAAAGUUAGAAUUGUUUUCGCCCCAAAAAAUAUUGUUUCCACUGACCAAUGUAAUUGUAUUUUGUAAAUAGAAGUAAAUUUUGAGUUUGAUUGACACAACCAAAAAAAAUGAUGAAUAGACUUUUUUCAAAGGAUGUAAAACAUCAGUACAUUAUAAUGUUCAUAGCAUGACACACUUUUACACAGUGAGAACCCCCAUUAUUCAUUAUUACAACACAUAAGCAGCCACAGGCAAUCUGCCUUGACAGGCUGGGAAGAGUAGAGAGAAGUCACAGGAAGAAUUUUAUGUGUGUGAUUUACCACAGGCUCAGUUCAGUAAUGAAAACGUUGGGUCAUGCUGCUAUGAUCAGAGUCGGGUUCUUCAUUAUUACUGGACACUGCUGCUGCAAACAGUUCAAAAGACACCUCACACCUCACGAUGGGAAAAGCCUGACAUUCGCCCAGACAACAAGAAGUAACAAAACAAUCAAAAUGUAAUUAAAUAAAAGGUAACACACGCUCCUGUCCCUGUUAUUUGAAUGUGUUGCAGCAUCAAACUCAAAAUUUCCUUAUAUUUAGUUAAUCUAAUUGAUUUGAUCAAUGAUUUUUUUUCUUUGUGCUUUUGUCAAAUAAAUAAAAGUUGAAGUGAAUUAACAA